GCUGCUCUGAACAACUCUGAUUUCUCUCAACAGUCUUACAACUUAAGUCACCCGCUUAGUACCCUCUCUCAACUGCAAGUCUCUCCUCUUUCAUGUUUGGGAGGUGUCCUGCAAUCAGUUAGUCAACAGAUCCAUCCAGAAGGUGUUGUUUCUUCUCUUCAUUUCUGUUAUUGCCAGUUCUGACCCUAAAGUAUCUGAGUUCAAUUAAACCUUUACUCCCUUGAUUAUUGAGCUCAUGUCCUGAGCAAUAGAGAGCAGUUCUUCUAUUCAAACUAAGAUAUCAUUUGAUCAAAAACCAUGCUACUGAAGUAUCCGGACAUUCGCUGAGAAAAUCUUUUCAAGAACUUUCGUUAAAUUAACUGGAUUUGUGGCAACUCUGUCUUGAUUAAACCGCAUCCAUUUGCAAUUUGAUAUUCUAAUUGUUCAGGAUUCUUUAAUGCUCCUUCACUUACUGAUUUUUCUUAAUCUAACAUGAAAAUUGAGAAUGCGUUUGCAGUCUCAAGAAAGCCAAACAUUGAAAACGAGAUGUUUACAAACUCCGAUGCAGUUUGACAGCGUGAGAAAGUAGUGGAAGGCAUUCUAAAUCCAAAUCUGGGUCUAAACUGUGUAUAUCUUGUGUGUAUUUUGGUGCUAAUAACAAGCAAAUGAAGCUUCCGCAACCUGAAGAGUUUGCUCUCAAGGAGACUGCUCCAAAAAUUGCUGGCUCAGGAGCUAUCAUUGAUGGCGAUAAGCUUACUUGCACCUAUGACCUCGUUGAGCAGAUGCAGUACCUUUAUGUCCGGGUAGUCAAAGCUAGGGAUCUACCAGGGAAGGAUGUCACAGGCAGUUGUGAUCCUUACGCGGAAGUGAAGGUUGGGAACUAUAAAGGAGUUACAAAGCAUUUUGAAAAGAAAUCCAAUCCAGAGUGGAAUUAUGUAUUUGCUUUCUCUCAGGAUAAACUUCAAGCUUCAUUUGUUGAAGUCGUGGUAAAAGAUAAAGAUGUUGUGUUGGAUGAUUUCAUUGGCAGGAUAACAUUUGAUUUUAUUGAAAUCCCGAGAAGGGUUCCACCAGAUAGUCCCUUGGCUCCACAAUGGUAUAGAUUGGAAGACAAAAGGGGCGACAAGCUCAGGCAUGGUGAAAUCAUGCUUGCUGUUUGGAAGGGAACUCAAGCAGAUGAGGCAUUUCCUGAUGCUUGGCAUUCAGAUGCAGCAGCAGUUGGCAGAGAAAACGUUUCCAAAAUCAGAGGGAAGGUGUACCUUUCGCCUAAACUAUGGUAUCUCAGAGUCAAUGUAAUUGAAUGUCAGGAUCUGAAUCCAAGUGAUAAGAGUAAGCCUCCCGAAGUGUGUGUGAAAGUUGUCCUUGGAAAUCAGGCUCUCAGAACUAAAAUGGUAAAGAGUGUAAAUCCGAUGUGGAAUGAGGAUUUGAUAUUUGUAGUUGCUGAAAGAUUUGAGGAGCAAUUGGUGAUGACAGUUGAGGAUAAGGGAGAAGUCUUGGGAAAGUGCCUGAUUCUUCUCAACACUGUGCACAGGAGAUUUGAUAAUAAGGCUGUCCCAUCAAAAUGGCAUAAUCUAGAGAAACACACGGUUAUAGAAAGGGAGAAGAGGGAGGUUAAGUUUGCAAGUAAGAUUCAUUUGAGGAUCAGUUUGGAUGGUGGAUAUCAUGUAUUUGAUGAGUCAACACAAUAUUGCAGUGAUCUUAGACCUACUUCAAAGCAGUUGUGGAAGUCCAGUGUUGGUCUUUUUGAGUUGGGAAUUAUAAGUGCCAAAGGAUUGUCAUCAAUGAAGACCAAAGAUGGAAGAGGAACAACUGAUGCUUAUUGUGUUGCUAAAUAUGGACCAAAAUGGGUUCGAACUAGGACGAUCAUCGAUAGCUUCUCCCCUAGAUGGAAUGAGCAGUACACAUGGGAGGUAUUUGAUCCUUGUACUGUGAUUACAGUAGGGGUAUUUGACAAUGGUCAUCUUCAAGGAGGGAAAGAUUCAAGUAUUGGCAAGGUAAGGAUCAGGCUAUCCACACUUGAGACAGAACGCGUUUAUACACACUCAUAUCCCCUCAUUGUCUUGCUACCUUCAGGAGUGAAAAAGAUGGGAGAAGUUCAAUUGGCCGUGAGGUUCUCGUGUUCAUCAUACUUCAAUAUGCUGUACAAAUAUACUAAUCCAUUGUUUCCAAAGAUGCACUAUGUCCAUCCAUUGUCAGUGACUCAGCUUGAUGUCUUAAGGUACCACGCAAUUCAGACAAUCGCAAUAAGGCUCGGCCGAUCAGAACCACCAUUGAAAAGAGAAGUUGUGGAGUAUAUGCUGGAUGUUGGUUCACACUUAUGGAGUGUGAGGAAGGCAAAAGCUAAUUUUGUCAGGGUAAUGAAUGUUCUGGGUGGUUUCAUAGCAGUUGCGAAAUGGUUUGAUCAGAUAUGCAAGUGGAAAAAUCCUAUUACCACCAUUCUGAUUCACAUUCUUUUUGUGAUUUUGGUUCUUUUCCCAGAACUUAUACUCCCUACUUUCUUCUUAUAUCUUUUCUUCAUUGGGGUUUGGCGAUACCGCUGGAAACCAAGACACCCUCCCCACAUGGAUAUUAGGCUUUCUCAUGCUGAUGCAGUUGGACCUGAUGAACUUGAUGAAGAAUUUGACACAUUUCCAACCACCAAAUCAUCAGAUAGCGUAAGGAUGAGGUAUGAUCGUCUAAGAAGUAUUGGUGGCAGGAUACAAACUGUGCUCGGCGACCUAGCAACCCAAGGGGAGAGAUUUUACUCUCUUGUAAAUUGGAGAGAUCCUAGAGCAUCAGCCUUAUUUUUGGCAGUUUGCUUAGUUGCUGCCCUUGUGCUCUAUGUUACCCCAUUCCAAAUUGUGGUACUUCUUGUUGGAUUUUAUGUGUUAAGACAUCCUAAACUUCGCCAGAAGCUGCCCUCAAUAUCAUCCAACUUCUUCAGAAGGUUGCCAGCAAAAACAGACCACAUGCUAUAGGCACAAUUCCAAUGCUGAUUAUUCCAAUUCUUUCAGUCAUGCUGGAAAGGCUGUAAGAUGUAAACAUUAUGCAUGCAACUUGUUCUGCAUCUAUCUACUAUUUUCCUGUAAAUGAUCUCAGAAAGAUUUGUUAUUAACUUAUAUCUGGGAGCCUUAAAUUUUGACUAAGUAAUUGCUGUAGUUAAACUUUUAAGGGGUCCAGAUAACUGUUUUGGUCACAGUAGGUGCUGAUUAACA